UAUCCAAUUUUACAAUCUCCCCAUGCACCGCCCCUAAUCUUCAUCUCCCUCUCCCUCUCCCUCUUCGUCUCUCUGCUGGAUAAUAUAAUGUUAUGCAGAGAAGAGGAGAGGAGAGAAGAGAAGAUUAUCAUGAUCCAGAUCAUUAGUAAAGGAUUUACGUUAUAAUUAUGUAUAUACGUGAAUCUAUAUCUAUAUGUGCUUACAAACUGAAUAAUUAAGGGCGGAAAAUUUGAUCUGAUUAUUAUUGAUGGAAGACCCUGGGGGGACGCAUGAUAAAUGCUUAGUGAAGACGAAGGUUCAUUCUACGGGACUAUGGGGCAGAGACAUCGACGGCAUGGACUAUCGGUUUGUUACUUACAGUCUACCUCGUUUGUUCCUGCAAUUGUGCAUCAUGUUUGGUCUCACUCAAGCCCUCCAUUUGUUCUUCCUCAAGCGCUUCCGUCUGCCCCGCAUUAUCUCUGAACUUUUGGCGGGUAUCAUCUUGGGGCCGACACUGAUUGGACGGUUUGAUUGGAUAAAGACCAACAUGAUUCCGAUGUACGAAGGACAAUACGUUGAUCUGUUGUCGAAAAUUGGUUUCUUGUUGUUCAUAUUCCUUAGUGGAGUGAAGAUGGAUCCAGGAAUGGUUCCCAGAAGCGGCGCCAAAGCAUGGACCAUAGGGAUCCCUUCUGUCUUGCUCCCCUAUGUUAUCCUCAAGUAUUUAAGCCGAAAGGUGUUGAACGAUCACGUAUGGACACACAUUCAUAGGUACAGACACCCCGCCAUCCAGAACACCUUGGGCAUUCAAAGUUUCUACUCUUUUCCGGUCACCGCCGUUCUUCUCGUCGAUUUAAAGAUCAUCAACACAGAACUGGGCAGGUUGGCUUUGGCGACGGGGUUAAUCUGUGAUUUGUUUAGCAAUUUAGUGUCCACUAUUAUAGCUAAUAUAAGCGUUGGGGUAAUGUCCGCUAUGCCGCUGGUUUCCGUCCAUUCUUUCGCGCUUUCUUCCGGGCUGAUUUUGUUUUUGGUGGUCACCGUCCGGCCGCUGUCGGCGAUGAUAAUCAGGCGGACGCCGGAGGGGGAGGCGGUGGACACGUUCCACGUGUUGUUCAUGUGUUUCGCGGCGCUGUUGGCGACGGUGCUGGCGGAUAACGUGGGGAUGAAUUUUCACUACGGGCCGUUUAUUCUGGGGCUGCUGGUGCCGGACGGGCCGCCGUUGGGAUCGGCGGUGGUGGACAAACUGGACACCCUUGUCUCCGGGCUGUUUGCGCCGCUGUUGGUGACUUAUUCCGGCACCAAGAUCGACCUGCUCAACCUGUUUGAUCUCCGGUUUCUUGGGGUGGUAUGGAUUACCGUGAUGGUUUGCUACGUGAUUAAGUGCGUCGCCAUUUUCCUCCCUGCAUUGGCCUGCAGAGUUCCUCUGAGAGAUGCCGCUGCUCUUGCCUUCAUCUUGAGCACGCAAGGGGUCGUCCAAAUCUCUUCCUAUCACAACAGCCUCGUAAAUCAGACGUAUGAUACCGAAACCUUUUCCAUGUUGACAGUGGCUGCAUUGGUGACGGCAGCAGUGUCCCACAUUAUGGUGGCAUCCUUACACGACUACUCCAGGGCAUAUUGUGGCUACGAAAGAAGAAACAUCGAGCACCUCUCCAAAACCUCGGAGUUGAGAUUGGUAACAUGUUUUCAUCGUCUAGAAGAUGCGGUAGCCGCCAGGAAACUGCUAGAAGUUUCAUUUUCCAGCAAAGAAACCCCUCUGGUCAUCUACUCACUCCACCUAGCGGAGUUGGUCGGCCGCGUCACCCCCCUCUUGAUUGACCACCAAUUGGGCCAAAUGAAGACCUCCGCCGCCGCCGCCGCCUCCCCCGCCGCCAAUUCUCGAUCGCAAAAAUUGGUGGCGGUUCUUCGCUCCUUUGCGCAGCAGCACUGUAAUGAGUUCGUCACCCUCAACUUCUUCACCGCGAUAUCACUCCCCAAGUUCAUGCAUGACGACGUUAGCGCUCUGGCCUUUGACAAGCUGGCGUCCAUGAUCAUUCUCCCGUUUCACAGGAAAUGGAACCAUCUAGGCAGGUUGAUCGUGGAUAGCAGCAGCAUGAGGCUUCUGAACAGGACUUUGUUGGACCUGGCCCCUUGCUCCGUGGGCAUUCUGAUAGACCGAGAAAAGAGACGGAUGCACCGGCGGUCGCCGUCCUCGUCGUCCUACCACGUCGCCGUGAUAUUCAUGGGAGGAGCCGAUGACCGCGAGGCGUUGUGCUACGCCAAACGCAUGUCCAACACACCCGGGGUUCAGUUGACGGUGGUGCGGUUCGUCCCGGCGGACCACAACGCGGAGAAGACGCAGUGGGAUGCGGUGCUGGACUCGGAGGUGUUGAAGGAGGUGAGGCAUCUGGCGCAAAGCAAUGACACCAAAGUUUGUUACAAAGAGGAGACGGUGAAGGAUGGGGCGGAGACGGCGUGUACGGUGCACGAGAUGGAACACGUUUUUGACCUUAUUCUUGUGGGUAGACGCCAUGAAACUAAUUUGCCUCAGCUUUUUGGGCUUUCCCAGUGGAACGACAUACCCGAAUUGGGGCCUCUUGGGGACAUGCUUGCUAUUCAGCAUAUCAGAUCGCCUGUCUCGGUCUUGGUGGUGCAACAGCAAUAUGUGAAGAACAAAUGAACAAGUUAAUUAAGACGCCAUUGAACAACGAAAAGGUCUUACAAAAGUGGGUAGAGUACGUGUAGCAUCAACUUCUUGUUCAAUUGGUUUGUCUCUUUUUGUAACAAGGAAAACAUUUUUUUGAUAAAUGAAAGAGGACGGCCCAUUGUUCUAACGAAUUUACCUUGUUCUCA